AAUAUUGCGCAAGAAAAUAUGUCAAAGAUGGCGGCCAAAUUAAGACAAGGAUCUUGUCAUUUAUUGGCCGAAAUUGGAGCAAGAAUGAUUCUUUUCUCCAUAUUUAUGGCUUUGGAAUAUACUCCAGCAUUUAUACGUGUCAUUCAUGAUGAAGAGAUGUGGUUAUACAAGAAUCCCAAAUCCCAGGACACAAUCUCAACAGAAUUGUUAUUUGUAAUUGCAGCAGUUAUUCCUGUUACUAUAAUAAUUAUUCUGGCAGUAUUGAGAAAAGACAAGACUGAUGGCAUACAAGCCCUGUUUGCUUUGACAUUAAUUCUUGGAUUAAAUGGAGUUGUGACAAACAUAGUAAAAGUUCUUGUUGGCAGGCCUCGUCCAGAUUACUUCUGGCGCUGUUAUCCCAAUGGAGUUAUUCCUGCAAGUGUACAGUGUGAUGGUGACCCUGAUGAAAUAAUAGAGGGUAGAAAGAGCUUUCCCAGUGGUCAUGCUUCAUUUUCCUUCAGUGGCCUGGGUUUUUUGUCACUUUAUCUUGCGGGAAAGUUACACUGCUUCCAAGCACAGGGAAGAGGACAAGGAUGGAAACUGUGUGUUGCUUUGACACCUGUUAUAACUGCUUCAGCAAUAACACUCACAAGAUACUCAGAUUAUCGUCAUCACUGGCAAGACAUAACGGUUGGCUCAAUACAAGGCCUGUUUUUUGCCUAUCUUUGUUACAGACAGUACUAUCCGGCACUCAACAGACCACACUGUCAUAUGCCAUACUGCACAGUCACACCAACCAAAUUUAUUGAUGAACACGAUCACAUGUUACCAAUGACCGCCAAGGAAAUCAAGUCGAUACACCCGGUGGUAGCGAAAUCACUUUGACGACAACUGAUCUGUCAGAAAAAGGUCUUAUACAUACAAGAAAAUUAGACUACCUUACUGUUAUUUUUUCAAAAACAGGACCGGUAAGAUGUGUAGAGACGGAGUAAGGGACCAGUUUGGUCACGUUAUUUACGAGCAUUCUUCGUAGCCUCUCUCCGAGAGCGCACGAGUUGCGUGAAAGCAAGGAUGCAAGACGGAGCACGAAAAAGUGAAAGAGGAAAGUCCGGGAAAAAGAGGAAAACGCCGAAAAGCAAUGUUAUAGUUUUCUUUCCUUGCUCGCUCUCUUUUGUCUCUAUUUCUGUCUUGUUUUUGGUUUUUACUGUCUCAUUCCCAAACGUUCUCGCGCUUUCAGAUGAGAAGCGGCCAUCCCUCAGUCUCUUCCUUUUUUUGUGGCAGAUCCAAGAAGGCCACAAUCAUCUCGGGAAAACGGUCUUGAUACUGAUAAAACCAAAUUCUUCCUUGUGGUGCAUCAAAGACUGCGAAGGACCAUUUUGAAUUUGAUCGAAUUCUGUAAAAGUAUUUGUUAGGCAGAAAGUACUGCGAUUUGUUUUCUACUGCCGACAAACGUACCAAGAAUUUGUCACCAGAAUCAAUUGUUAAGAUGCCUUAAAGAAAAUUAAAACUAAUAUAUUUAUUUAAUAGUGUAUUUUAAAUACGUCUCAAUGAUAAUAUAUACCUGGUAUUGUAUUACCCCGUUAACAAUAAACAGAUUUUGUCGCAGAA